AUGUUGGCUACUUGCGCUGUUUUUGUCGCUUCGUUGAUUUGUUACCUAUUGGCACAAAGAUUCCAGAAAGGUCUUAGCAAAUAUCCUGGGCCUUUUUUGGCGUCAUUAACGAACAUAUGGCGUGCGAUGGAUGUAUACAAGCGAGACACACAUGUUACAUAUCGCAAGUUACAUGCGAAAUAUGGCGACGUCGUCCGAGUUGGACCGAACGUCUUGUCGUUCGGCAAGCCAUCUGCUAUCCAAGACAUAUACGGACUGAAUAAAGGAUUUACGAAGAGUGAAUAUUACGACGUCUUUGCUGUCCUGAAAAAAGGCAGCAUUGUCUAUAACCUGUUCUCGACAAGGUCAGAAACUUAUCAUGCUCGCCUGAGACGCUCUGUCAACCAUGCGUUCGCUUUAUCAACACUGCUGGAUUUCGAACCGCUGGUGAACAGCUGUUCAUCUUAUUGGCUAAAGCGUACAGAAGAGCUUUACGUCAAAGGACAGGAUAUCUGUCCGUUAUCAACCUGGAUUCAGUACUUCGCAUUCGACGUUAUUGGGGAGAUCACUUGGUCCAAGCGACUUGGUUUCGUCCAAGAGAACAAAGACGUCGCAGACAUCAUCGCUACGGUGGAUUCAUUCCAAGACUAUGGCACUGUAGUAGGCCAAAAUCCCUGGUGGGAUCGUGUCCUUGUCAAAAACCCAAUCAAACUAUUCCUCGAGAGUAUAGGUCUCUGGCCAAUUAGCCCUAACGCGGCGAUUAUCAAGUUUGCUUUGGCAAGGCAAGACGAGGUAUCGGCUAAUCAAACACAAUAUACAGCAGGGAAACCUCCCAGCGAGAUGGGUAUCACCUUUCUCCAACGAUUCUUGCAAUCACAGGAUAAGAACCCGGAGUUUCUGACUGAUGAUCGAAUCACCGCUAUGUGCGCAUCCUUGAUUAUUGCUGGCUCUGACAGCACUUCCAUCAGCUUGUCUGGCGUCUUCUACUACCUCUUGAAGAAUCCACGCGUAUACAGGAGAUUAAUGGAGGAGAUCGAUGACGCACACCAUUCAGGUGCUUUUGCAUCACCCCAAGAUAGUACUGGUGCGGCAGAUGUUAUUCCUUUCUCCGCUGCCAAGAAGCUCGUCUACCUCGACGCUGUCAUUACUGAGUCUUUCCGAAUGCACCCAGCCGUUGGCUUGCUUCUCGAACGUAUCACGCCGCCACAGGGUGCCACUAUAGAUGGGCAUCAUGUGCCUGGAGGAGUCGUGGUUGGCUGUAAUGCAUGGGUUCUGCAUCAGGACAAGGAGACCUUCGGCGAAGACGCGAAUAUUUUUCGACCCGAACGAUGGCUUGAGGGUGAAGGUGCCGAUGCUGCACAGAUCGCGAAGAUGAAAUCCAGUAUGUUUCAUUUCGGAGCAGGAUCAAGAACAUGCAUAGGAAGAAACAUCAGCCUCUUGGAAACAUACAAGAUCGUUCCCACCUUCCUGAGAAAGUUUGAGAUUGAGAUUGACGAAAGCCAAGAGCCAAUGUAUUUGAAGAAUGCCUUCUUCGUGCAUCGAAAGAACUUCAAUGUGCGCAUUAAGUUGAGAUAG